AUGGUCGACUCUAUACCUCUCCUAGCCAGAGACGAUCCUAUAGAUUUAGGUUCACCGUACACUUGCUUUGAUGCCUCAAAAUACGGCACAUUGCUGAUAGUAGACCCCGAAGAAGAAUUCUUUCCUGAAGAAAUAAUGAAGCUGAAAAGGGAUGUUGAUGCUGGACUUUCCAUUAUAGUAUUCGCUGAUUGGUACAAUGUGACCGUCAUGAAAAAAGUCAAAUUCUAUGAUGAAAAUACCAGGCAGUGGUGGAUGCCUGAUACAGGAGGUUCUAAUGUUCCGGCCAUAAAUGACUUAUUGGGCUCGUGGAACAUUCAGUUGGGAGACAGGGUAUUUGAGGGUCACUUUAAAUUGAAUGAUCACGAGAUCUAUUAUGCGUCAGGUACAAGUAUUCGAAAGUUCCCCAAAGACGGCAUACUGAUUUCAAGGCUACUCAACGAUCAAGGAUUACAAGCGAGUCUUAGUCCCAGCUACAUAGACCUCAACGAAUGCCCCUACAUGUGGCCAUAUUGCACACAACCACUUUACUACGGCACUGUACCUGUCAUUGUCAAUGUAACUAUUUUGAAUGGUUUGGGUGUAUCAGGGAGAAUUGUCAAUAAACCUCAAUGGCAUCCUUACACUCCUCAGCAGGGUCACUUGUUGGAGAUAUCAAUAUCUCAUUCGGAACAUUUGUGGCCUUGGUCAGGCUGGAUGGCAGUGUAUUUGUCAGUAUCCUCAGAAGGAGCCACCUACGAGGGACUGGCGCAAGGUCACGUUUCUCUUGUUGUAGAAUCACCUCCCGGUAGUGGUGAACAAGAGCCUCGUCAAAGUACUGUCCAUUUACCUAUAAGAGCUAAAAUUAUUCCAACACCUCCUAGGCAUAAAAGAAUACUUUGGGACCAGUAUCACAACCUGAGAUAUCCACCUGGAUAUUUUCCCAGAGAUAACUUGAAAAUUAAAAAUGAUCCUCUCGAUUGGAAUGGAGAUCAUAUACAUACAAACUUCAGGGAUAUGUAUCAGAAUUUGAGGAAUUCAGGAUAUUAUGUAGAAGUUUUGGGUGAGCUGAAUUUUUAUAAUUACUGUUUCUGUCACUGAACAUUAUACUACAUU